UCAGUCGAGUCGAUCAGGUGCUAAGGAAACGAACGGAACAUUGCCGAAACAUAAUUAGAAGCCGCUUCUCUUCUUCUCCUUCAGUGCCACUGUUGUUAUUGCUAUUACUGUAACUGUGUCUAUUUUUUUUUUCAAUCUCGUGUUUUUUUCCGGCUUCUUUUGUUUCUGUGUUUAUUUUUUUAGUCAAGGCUUUAAGCUGUGCCGGCCGUGCUCCGUUUGAUUUCGGUGUAAAUAAUAAUAUUCGAUUCGCAGUGACAUUCACGUAAAAUGAGGUUGGUGUGUAGCAAGAAGAUCCUUCUAUGGCUGCUGCUGGCAGCCGUGAUGGUGACGGCUCUGACCCUCGGUCUAGUUUUCGGACUCCGGAAUCGUGACUCCCGGCUCAUCAGCGGUGCCGUUGUGUCCAAUGGCAUCGGUUGCGCCGACAUUGGUGGCGAUGUGCUAAACGAUGGCGGCUCUGCCGUGGAUGCCUCCAUUGCCACGCUGCUCUGCGAGGGACUCUUGUUGCCGCAUUCCAUGGGGAUUGGUGGCGGCUUUGUGGCCACCAUAUAUACGCGAAGCAGCAGAAAGGUGGAGACAUUGAUUGCCAGGGAAUCGGCACCGGCGGCGGCGCACAAGGAUAUGUUUGUGGGACAGACGGAGAUAACGGGCGCCACUGCGUGCGCAGUGCCUGGCGAGAUCCUGGGCUACUGGGAGAUGCAUCGUCGGUAUGGUAUCCUGCCCUGGAAGCGUCUCUUCCAGCCGGCCAUCAAGUUGGCCCGCGAGGGACAUGUGGUUUCCCGUUACCUGGCCUCGGCCAUACAAUCCAAGUUAAGCCAGAUCCGAGCGGAUCCUGGCCUGAGAUCGGUCUUUCUCAAUGAGAAGCAAGAGCCCUGGCUGGAGGGUGACUAUAUGAAGCGCACCGUUCUGGCCGAUACGCUGGAGAGGAUUGCCGAGAACGGGGCCAAGGAGAUCUACGAUGGCGGUGAGACGGGACGCAAGUUUGUCGAGGAUAUCCAGAGUCUGGGUGGAAUUAUCACCGAACAGGAUCUGCGGGAUUACAAGGUGCGCUGGGAGAGCGAUGGCCACAUAGCGGCCAAUGUCAGUGGUUCCUAUACGCUCUACUCCACCCCAAUGCCCACCAGUGGACCCCUGUUGGCCUUUAUCCUUAACAUCAUGGGCGGCAUGCAUACGGAUGAUGAGUAUGUCUACUGGCAACGGGUUGUGGAGGCCUUUAAGCAUGCCUAUGGACAGCGAACGAAUUUGGGUGAUUUGUAUGCCGAUCCUGAGAAUGCUGCAUCCAUUAAUGCCACCCUGGAGCAGAUGCUGCAACCGGAGUUUGUGGAGAGCAUUCGUAGGCUUAUUCACGAUGACAGAACCUCGCAGGAUUUUCUCUACUAUGGAGCUAACUUCACCGUCGAGGAGGAUCAUGGCACCGCUCACAUGAAUGUCCUGGCCACCAAUGGGGAUGCGGUGGCCAUCACCAGCACCAUUAAUAACUACUUUGGCUCCAAGGUUGCCUCCCUGCAGACUGGCAUUAUUCUGAACGACGAGAUGGAUGACUUCUCCACGCCGGGCGUGAUCAAUAGCUUUGGUGUGCCCGCCUCUCCGGCCAAUUACAUUUAUCCGGGCAAGCGACCCAUGUCUUCAAUGAGUCCCGCCAUCGUUGUGGAUGAGCAGGGCAAUGUCCGCCUGCUUGUGGGAGCAGCAGGUGGCACUCGCAUCACCACCAGUGUGGCAAGCACGAUUAUGAAGUAUCUGAUCCGCGGUGAGUCUCUGUCGGCGGCGGUGAACAAUGGUCGGCUGCACCAUCAGCUGGCCCCCAUGCGGGUCAGCUACGAGCAGGAGUUGGACAGCGGUAUCUCCAAUUACCUGGCCAAGGUGGGUCAUGAGCUCAACGAGGAGGUUGUCGGCUCCAGCUUUGCGGCUGUGACUGCCAUCGGAGCAUUGGAUGAGCCGGAGCCAUUCUACGAUCGUCGUCGCAUCGGCAGCUCCCUCACCAUUGCCAAAACUAAUAAGAUGCAGCACUAAUUCUGGGAUCUGGAGUCACAUCCAUCCGAUCCAAUGCCUCCAAGCAGGGCUCGUGAUUUUUUAUUUAUUAAACUUAGCUUUUAGCGCCUGUAUAUUUUACGGCUCUUUCAAAGCCCUGUACAUAAUUGUUAAACUUUAUUUCGAAUAGAGAGUGUAUCUUCGAAACUAUGUAUUCAUUUUUUUAAAUGUAAAUAACGAGCUGUGAAGCCCAAAAUAGCCAAAUAAAGGGAAUUUAUAUAUA